AUGGAAACGAUGGAAAGUCGAUCUACAGGGCCUCUUACGACGGAAAUUUACGAUGGCCCCACUGUGGCCUUUAUGAUUUUGGGUGCCGCCUUGGUUUUUUUCAUGGUACCUGGGCUGGGAUUCUUGUACUCAGGACUGGCGAGAAGAAAAUCCGCAUUGGCGUUGAUUUGGGUAGUGCUGAUGGCGACGCUGGUCGGUAUACUGCAAUGGUACUUUUGGGGUUACUCUUUAGCCUUUUCCAAGUCCGCCACCAACAACAAAUUCAUUGGAAACUUGGACUCGUUUGGGUUUAGGAACGUAUACGGGAAGAAAUCCGACGGCGAUGUCUAUCCUGAACUUGCGUAUGCGACCUUCCAGAUGAUGUUUUCCUGCGUCAACUUAAGCAUUAUCGCAGGCGCUACAGCUGAAAGAGGUAGAUUGCUACCGCACAUGGUUUUCCUCUUCAUUCUAGCCACUAUUGUGUACUGUCCGGUGACGUACUGGAUUUGGUCUCCGGGCGGUUGGGCUUACCAAUGGGGAGUGCUGGACUGGGCAGGCGGUGGGAACAUUGAGAUUCUGAGUGCCGUUUCCGGAUUCGUCUACUCUUGGUUUUUAGGCAAAAGAAAUGAAAAACUGCUGAUAAACUUCAGACCUCAUAAUGUGUCGUUGGUAACUCUAGGCACGUCCAUACUGUGGUUUGGUUGGUUACUCUUCAAUUCAGCCUCGUCACUAUCACCAAAUUUGAGGUCAGUUUAUGCCUUUAUGAACACGUGCCUCAGCGCCAUUACUGGCGGGAUGACAUGGUGCCUCUUGGAUUAUAGAUCAGAAAGGAAAUGGUCGACUGUCGGUUUGUGUUCUGGUAUUAUCUCAGGAUUGGUAGCAGCCACACCAAGUUCAGGAUGUAUAACUCUCUACGGCUCGCUAAUCCAAGGCAUUGUGGCGGGGAUCGUCUGUAAUUUUKCCACUAAAUUAAAAUACUAUGCUAAAGUGGAUGACGCCAUGGAUAUUCUUGCUGAGCACGGAGUCGCAGGCAUAAUAGGACUAAUAUUCAAUGCUCUUUUCGCGGCAGAUUGGGUGAUCGGUAUGGACGGAGUCAGCGAACACGAGGGUGGCUGGAUAAGUCACAAUUACAAGCAAAUGUACAAGCAGAUUGCUUAUAUUGCCGCAUCAAUAGGAUACACUGCCGUUGUCACGGCAAUCAUUUGCUUUGUGCUCGGGUACAUUCCUGGAAUGACGCUGAGAAUAUCUGAUGAAGCAGAAGAACGUGGUAUGGAUGAAGACCAAAUUGGUGAAUUCGCAUACGACUAUGUGGAGGUUAGAAGAGAUUAUUAUUUAUGGGGUGUAGAAGAAGAUUCUCAACAGUCUACUGUAAAUCACCGCAGUACUGACACUCGCUCAACUGUUGACCAUAGCAGCAGUACCAAUAGUUCUUUAGACGGGAACGAAGAAAUGGCCCGGUCGGAAAAAAUAACACCAUCUCAUCAAGAAAAGCCUAGCGAUAGGUGA